AUGCCGAGCUCCGGUCGCGAUCGAUGGAUCUUGAGGGCCCCCAAGCAGGCGAACCCGAUGCCCGGCUCCAGGCUGCGGCUGUUCUGCUUCCCUCCCGCGGGCACAGGCGCCUGGGCGUACCACGGCUGGGGCCCAGGUCUGCCUGCGGACAUCGAGAUCCUGCCAGUGGAGCUGCCCGGCAGGAACAGCAGGGCGGGGGAGCCGGCCAUGGAGGCGAUGGCGCCGCUGGUGGCUGAGGUGGUGGAGGCCGUGACGCCCCUGAUGCGGGAGAGGCCUUUUGUGCUGUUUGGUCACAGCAUGGGCGCAUGGGUGGCGUAUGAGGUGGCCCUCGCGCUGGCGCGGGCUGGCGGGCCUACGCCGGCCAAGGCGUACUUCUCGGGGUGCCGGCCGCCCCACCUCAACGGCGCGGAGCAUGACGUGGACCCCACGCGCCUUGGGGACCUCACCUACAAAGAGUUCUGGCCCGCCUUCGAGAAGCGCUACGGGAAGGUUCCAGGGCUGGAGGAGGAGAUUAUUAGGGAAUACGUGUACCCUGUCCUGAGGGCCGACUUUCGUCUUGUGGAGGCGUACCAACCCACAGGGGGGCCCGUGCAGGAGGGAGGCGGCCUGCCGUGCCCCAUAGCCGCCCUGUGCGGAGAGGAGGACGGGCGGCUGCACAGGGCACAGCUGGAGCUGUGGAAGUGCCACACCAAGGCUGGCUUCCAAGAAGUGUGGUUUCCGAACUCCGAUCAUCGGUACAUUUCCGACCACCCGGACAAGCUGCUCCAGUUCCUGUCCAAAGAUCUGACUACCCUCUUGUAG